UAGUCUAGAGCUGUCACAGUCUGUAUAAUUAUUCUCUAGAGUCUAUGAUAAGAAUGGCUAUGCUAGAUCUAGUAUAAUAAGAGCAGCUUCAUUGUUCAGUGCUAAAGAAAAGGAUAUGUUUAUAGUAGCACUCUUUGCCCUCAGGCUGUUUCUGCUGCAAGGAGCAGCUUAUUCUCAAUCUCAAUCAUUCUCCUUUGAUAUCCCUAUUAAUAUCCCAGGACUGCAAGUGGACUCGACUGGGAGAACAUUUCUUGCUGCAGACAACUACCUGUAUAGACUGAAUGCUCAGCUAAUGCAAGAAGCAAGAGUUGAUCUAGGAGCUAAUGUCAUUAAAAGAGGACUGGCCCUGAGCUCUACUGGGAUGUUGGUGGUAUGUUUAGUGGAUCGCUCUUGCUCUGUCUACAAUGCAAGCAACCUCAGUACUGGUCCUAUCAGGAAUGUUAGUAAUGCUAUAGCAGAUCCUAACUAUUUAGGAGCAGCUAUCUUUACAUCAGGAGAUACUUUCUACACUGGAGAAUCAGUAUUAACUGUUGCAGGAGGACAGAGAAUGGUACUGCAGCAAUUCGGAGAUGAUUUCAAUAGAUCAUCCAACAACAAUCCGUCUGGUACACGCAAUGAACUGGUUUUUGGAAUUAGUGACUUUAGACGACAAUUCUAUGCAUUUGGUGGUUUUGUAAGUGGUAGAUUUGCCUACUAUGUUGUCGUCGACUAUCAACCUGCUAAUGCACAAGCUAUAAGACUAUUACGUGUGUGCAGCAUGCCUGAUUGUGGAGGCCCAAGUACCUGUGGAGUGACUGCUUUGUAUGAACUGGGAAUCAAUUGUGGCAUUCAAACGAUCACUGAAGAGACUCAUGUGUGUGGAGUGUCACUAGUGGAGGACUUCAGUGGGAUAUCUGGACCCACUGCUGUGAUAACUAUUUGCUAUGACAUUACUAACUCUAUUUGUGUGGUCAAUAUCACUGCUGUCAAUGAAGCUAUGGACGCUAAAUAUGACUCUUGUAUUGUGUCACGCACUGUUGGAGAAGAAAUUAGCUUAGCAUGGAGAACAGGCUCAGAUAACUGCUCUACCCUGUCGCAGCCUCAGAUAACUGUGGACAGAUGUGACACACCCAGUCCAGUCGGCCUUCUCAUCCCAAAUGGUGGUAUUGACCUAAUAGCACCAGUUCGUAUCAAUUUUGGAGACAGCUUUGUCCCUCUUGCUUCAGUAGCUGUGAAGGUGGAGCGGUUUUCCUUUGUGUUUGUUGCAACUGAUUAUCAUUGGAUAUUAGGAUACGAUGUCAGUGGUACGUCGACCCUGGGCAUUUAUAGCUAUUUCUACAGUCAGCGAGUGAGAUAUGAUGUAAUGGUACCGGUAUAUCAUUUGUCAUGGCAGGAGGGACUGAACUACAUCACAGCAGUCACUCAAGACUCAGUAUUUCAAGUACCCAUAGAGGAGUGUUCCCAGCGUAUAGACUGUACCAGUUGUACCAAUGACCUCAACCCACUGUGUGGGUGGUGUGUGGUGGAGAACAAGUGCUCCCGUCAGACGCAGUGUCAGAACUCUAAUCUCACCAGUAGAUGGACACAAGACAAUACAAACUGUUUUACUGCUGCUACUGUGGAGCCUAUACAACUUGCGCUUGACCCUACGAUUCUUACUAAUGAGUUCACGGUGACCUUAACCUCUCCCGGCCUGCUUAAUCUCCUGCCUGGAGAGAGCUUCUACUGUCAUCUGGAAGACAGUGAAGAACGUUUCCCACCAAUCAUAGUACCAGCUGUUGAGGUCACUCCAGGAACAGUGUUCAGUUGUGAUAUUGAUGGACUUGUACCUGACUAUUCAGGAGUGACUGCAACCAUCAACCUGGGCUUUCAGAGUUCCCUGUUCAAUGAGCCAUUUGAUAUUACCAACCAAGCACUCACCAUCUAUAGGUGCUCAGCAGUGGAAAGCUGCAAGGAUUGCCUGGGGCUGAACAGUCCGUGUGGAUGGUGUAACUUCAACAAGAAGUGCAGUGGAACAUCGGCUCUUUGCAGAAAUGCAUCUCACUUCCUACAGGUGUCUGGAGGCAACAACUUUGCUGCCGAGUGCCCCUUGUUGGACAUACCCCCCUCUGGUGGGUACACUCAACCAGUAAGGGUGGCCCAGGGUCUUCGAUUGGCCACCAGGAACCUCAUACCUGCCACGGAUGGCUUUGAGUACUAUUGUGUUGUGAAUGGAGUUAGUCUGACAGCUCAGUAUGAGAACGAGAACUCCAUCCUGUGUACAGUGGGCAGUGGACAACUCACACUUUCUGUUGGAGUCGACAGUUCUCUUGUGGUUGUUAUGGUAAUCUGGACGGGAAAUGACGUCAACCAUAUACUGAACAACACCAUGCAACAAAUUUCAGUGACGCUGUAUGAUUGUCGUGAUUUGGCCAGUGGAUGUUCGGAAUGCAUUGCAGUCAGAAUGGGUUCAGAGUUCGCAUGUGGGUGGUGUGGGGGCAGUUGUGAGGUGAGGCAAGAGUGCUCUAAUACUUUCAUUACUGAGGGGGACAAUUGUCCUGCCCCUGUCAUCAACUCAUUCAUUCCAAUGUCAGGACCAGUUGAGGGUGGUACAACAAUCACUGUGAUGGGCACUGACCUCGGAGUAACCUUUGCUGAUAUCCAGAACUCCACUCUUACAUUAGGAGGCGUGGCCUGCACUCCCCUCGUCACUGGUUACAUACCAUGGCAGCAGUUUGUCUGUCAGACCACUAAUUUUGUAACAGAAGGGUCUAAAGAAUUCUCUCUGACCAUUGGCUCUAGAAUAGCCAUUGUACACGCUGGCUCCUUCACUGCAGUGGAUCCUACUGUCAACAGUGUAACUCCGACCUUUGGACCAAUGGCCGGGGGAACCAAAGUGGUUGUAAAUGGAACUGGACUGAACGUGGGGAAUCAGGAGGAUACUAGAGUCUCUCUGGAAAUCAACGGAUCAAACUACGUCUGCAAUAUAUUAUCUAUCGAGUCUCAAGAGAUUCGUUGCAGGAUCUCAGCAGGAAACCUCACCUCCGCUGCAUUGGUGGUGGUGUCCAUUGAUGCUGCCAGAGUCAGCAAUCCAGGAGUGGUCUUCAGUUAUCGUAACAACCCUAAUGUGACUGCCGUGUUUCCUAGCAACACCAUUCCUAGUGGAGGCAUCACACUGACCUUUACUGGAGUGAACUUGGACGUGAUACAACAGCCUGUGUUGGAGGUCUACCAGCCGAUGGGGGCUCCUCCAGCAACUACCGAACAACACCAUAGGAGCACCUGCAGUAUUGUGGACAAUACCACCAUCACAUGCUCAACUCCUAAUCUAACAACAACCUCACUGACCCCAUUGGACUAUGCCCUGAUGUUUGAUGAUGUCCCACUCACCACACACGCAAGCCUUCCCAUCAGCGUCCAAUCAGAUCCCUCCAAUUUUCGGCUUGAGGGUUCGCAAGAGGUCACCAGUGGUACAGCGACUCUCAUACGCAUUGUGGGUGAUAAUCUCGACUCAGUGGAGACCAGUGAGAUACAAGUGACCGUGGGAGGGGAGGAAUGUGUCAAGACACCCAGUAAUUCAAGAGGGAGCGAAUUUAUCUGCACCGCCCCCUUGGAGACCCCAGAAGAGGAAAACCCGGCUAUUAUACGAGUGACCGUUGGAAGCAACAUCGCUCAAGUAUUAGACCAGCGACUGACCUACAUAGUUCUUGUGGUGGAGGUUCCUACGGUGGAAGUUCUUGAAGCGACAGUUCCCCUGGAGGUCAUAAUCCCGAGUGUUUUGGGGGGGGCUGUAGUGGUAGUGUGUGUAGUACUGAUCAUUUUUGUCUGUUUUUGUCUGAACUCACGAAGGAAGACCGUGUCUAUUGCUAUGCAUGAACAGAUGAUGGAGCUCGUGGCUAAUAGGAGAACACAGGAGGAAAUAUUACCUGUGGAUGGCAAUACUGCACUUGUUAAAUCAGAACUUGUUGAGAUUGCCGAGUCCAUCCCAGACUCAUUCAAAAUACCAGCCUCCAUAUUGAAGCUCUCUAGUACUGCAAUAGGACAAGGUGAAUUUGGCGUUGUGUAUAAGGGAAUCCUGACAGACUGGAACAAAGUUCCUAUGCAGGGGGUGGCCGUGAAGACACUAAAAGGUCUGUUCUCGUUGUCGGAUGUUCAGAGCAUGGUGUGUGAGGUGAACAAGAUGCAAGACUUUGACCAUCCUCACGUCAUGUCCCUGAUUGGGGUGUGUCUCGAUGCUGGCCCCGGUGUUGCCAUAGUGAUGCCAUAUAUGGCCAACGGCAGCCUCAUUAGCUAUCUCAAAAAAGAAAGGAGCAGCCUUGAGUUGGACGAAGACUGUGAGAUUGAUCAGAUUCUGGAAGUAAGGAAACUGCUACUAAAGAUGUGUCGCCAGAUAGCACUAGGAAUGGCCUACUUGGCCGAGCAGAAGUUUGUUCAUCGCGACCUUGCAGCCAGAAACUGCAUGCUGGACUCGGGAGGGGGUAUCAGGGUGGGGGACUUUGGUCUGGCUGAGGACGUCUAUGCUAGUGGCUACUUCAGACAGAACGACCGAGCCAAUGUGAAGCUGCCCUACAAAUGGAUGGCCUUGGAGAGUCUCAAUGAUGCUAUCUUCACAGAGAAAACUGAUGUGUGGUCGUACGGUGUGACUGUGUGGGAGAUCUUCAAUGCAGGACGGACUCCCUACCCUGCCGUGGGCCCACACUCCCUCAUCAAGCUGCUAGGAGAAGGACGGAGACUAGAGAGACCUCUCAAUGCAGCCUGUGCCACUGAGAUCUCUGAAUUGAUGCGUCGGUGUUGGAAGAAAGAUUCAAAGGAGAGGCCAACCUUCUUACAAUUGUCCACCACUGUGGAGAGGCUACUGACAUCCAUUUCUGGCUACACUGAGCUCGGUAUGGUGCUACUGAAUACCAUUCAAGAAACAGAGCAGCUCAAAUGUGACGAUGAACCCGUACUUACUGAUCAUGAAGACGCUCAUCGCUAUGUCGACCCUCCGUCAAGUUAUCCUCUAACAAUUAAGAACAGCGGAGCAACAUACAAUUUAUAACUAUGCAAUAAAAUUAAUUAUGAGGUAAUGGCCGUCCUCUGCAUGUACAGUAUUAUAGUAACAGUUAAUUAAUUAAUUAUAACUGUAAUACAACUCCAGCUGCAUAUUGUGAAUUUUGGUACAAUUUACUUAUUUACAACAUAAUACCUGUUAUCGCGUAGCUUAUAUUCUGUUUUUACUGCAAUCGUUGUUUUCCUUUUAAUGUCUACCAUAUAUUUGUGUGAUUGUUCGAGUACAUGUAUAAUUGUAGUGAUGUAAGUGUUUCAAAAUAACAAGCAUAAUUAUGUCAGUAUAAUAUAGACAAACAGAUAUCGUAUCAAUCAACAGCAAUCAAUCAGUACGUAC